GUCUGGUCCGCACUUAAAUCAAACAAGUGUCAGCUGCUCAUCACUGAUUAGACGAAAGGGGUGAGUUGUCUGUUCCUGAGCUUUUACCCAACUCAGUGGACACUACCUGGUUCAACUGAACACUUUCAGACAUGAGUAAACGUCUAAUACAAAUAUUUGGCUUCUUGCUUUCAUCACUGGGAUGGGUGUUUGUGCUGUGCACCAUGGCCAUGGACUACUGGAGGAUCAGCCAAAUAGGAGGACAAGGGGGCUCCUUCAUCAUCAGGGUGGCCUGGUACUGGUCCAACCUGUGGAAGGAUUGUUUCACUGAUUCUACAGCUGUCACAAACUGUAGAGACUUCCCAGUGCUCUGGAGUGUAACCCCUUUCAUCCAGGGAGUGCGAGGAUUGCUAAUGUGUGGCUUAACUCUUGGAUUCUUCGCUGUAGUACUGUGCUUUCUUGGGAUGGAGUGCACUUAUAUUGGUGGAUCAGAUAAAUUGAAGGACAAAAUGCUUCUGGCCGGAGCAGUGUUUCAUUUUGCUGGUAGCGUGUCAGAUAUUUCUGGCUACUGCUUAUACAUCAACAGAAUCGCCAGAACAACCUUUGCUGCCAGCGUAGGACCAGGAGUCUUACGGUAUGACCUCGGACCUCCCAUAUUUCUUGGAUUGGUGGGAUGCUUCCUCAUCUUUUUGGGGGCCCUGUUUUAUGUUGUGACAGUCUGCCGAGUAAUCUGCCCUGAAAGAAAAGUGGUAUAUGACUAUGGUGGAGGCACAUACAUGGCCCCUCGCUCCAGAGGACGAACGUACACUGGAUACUACAAACCUUCCUGGAAAUAUGGAUCUUAUCCAGGCUCAGGAAGAUCCAGUAGCUCCAAGAUCUCAAAGCUCUCUCCGACGACACUGACAAAAAUCUCAGAAAGAGAUGCGUUUGUGUAGUACCUCAAUCCGCUUUUUUAUUCAUAUACUUAUAUUCUAACACCAACAGACAGACAAAAAGACACUGGAGCUCAAAAUCUGAUUAAUUAACAGCACACUGUAGAUGAAAAUACCUUUAGCCUUCUCUUAAGUGCAUUAUGUAGACAAUUGUAAUUGUUGUUGUUCUCAUUCACUUGUCAUGUUUUGUUUUCAUAAAACAGCUCACACUCUGUAUAAGAUAUAUUACCUUGUGUUUACUCUUCAUUUAUUAACUUUUUUGUGAUUUAACCAAAACAUGUAUUAUAACUGGCAACAUCACUGGAAUAUCUACGAAUUAAUACACAAUAAAACAUUUUAAA